AUGCAAAAAGCCAGAAGCUGGAGCCAAGGAAAAUGGAAAAAGGACAGAGAAUCGAUUCCCACGAGCCACCGUAAUCCGAAGCCGUGUAUUUGCACCCACGAGGCUUAUCGGCAUCAUCAUCAUCAUUGUCGUUCUCGAGGGGAGAAGAAGAACUACCGUAGGACGUCCCUUGGCGAGAAUUUUCGACCGAGCUGGGUUUGAUUUUCUGAGGGAUUUACGACGGAUCGAAAGGAGAUAAAAGCUUAGGAGUGACUUGGGGGGCUCGAAAUAACUACACAGAAAAAUAACUACGACAUAUUUGAGUGAAAACUUAAAAAGAUUUUGUUGAGAUGUGAAUCAAUUUUUAUAAGAUGCAUCUACAGAAGUUGAAUCAUACACAUAAAAAAAAACUUUGAGGCGGAUUUGUUACGAUGAAAAAAGAUUAAAAGUAGAAACUAACUCGCCAAAAAUCGUACUUUUAUCUCUAGAAAUGUAGCUUAACAUUAAAACUGACUACAAAUAUAUUGUUUGAGCUUUCAAGAUGUUAUUUGUCAUGAGUUUAAAGAAAAUCAAGGAAAAGCUUGGUUCCACAAAAGAAACCCGACCAGAGCCUUUUCCGAACUGUAGCUCGAUUUAAAAGUCUCGCUAAGGUCACUUUAAAUAUACAUAUAUAUUUACAGGUACAGUAAUACAUUUAUUUUCACCCAUUCUCAUCGAUAAUCUUAACUUCACAUUAAAAUCGAUUCAGAGCAAAUGCGCCUCCCCUCUUGGUCAGACUUUCGGAAAAAUUCAAAAAACCUCAAUAAAACAGAAAAUAAUUCAGUUAGCAUUUUAUUCAGCAAGAAAAAGCUCAGCUACCUCUCAAGUUCAUAAUUUCUUUUAAAAUCGUACUAAAAGGGUCAUAAACUUUAGGAGAACCUCAAAAGUUCAAAAAUCCGUUCUGAGAAUGGCUUCACUUAAAAAUUGGACUGGAGGUUUUUCAAAACCUCGCCAAUUGGUUAAAAAUGCAUCAAUAACUAUAACUUAUUCAUUCACAAAGUGACAAGAAUAAAUACGGUUAAGAACCGGCUUAAGGUCACAGUUGACACACAAGUGACUUCCCUGGAUAGGGUAUACAUUAGAUAAUGACAGUUUUAAAAAUCGCAUGUUCCGAGUUUUUUUAACAUAGCGUCAGACCAAAACCUGCCAAAAGGUUGAGAAUUCCCUUCUACUCUCCUUAUCGUCUUAACAGUACUCAUCUUCCUUUCAGAACUCUAUUCCCAUCCUAGAAACGAUUACAAACAUCAAGCGGCUCCAAAUCAAUCUCCAGCCCAUUCCAAGCGCCUCGAACCGUAUCUCUUGUGCAUCUGAAGCCCAUUGGGAGCAGCUGCAGGAUCACGUCGGCCUUUUGUUCCUUGUUCUCCUCCUGCUGCGCCAGGACGUCGUUCCGGCCGUCGUCGGAGGCCCCAUCCCAUUAAGCCGAAAUGUGGCGCGCGCCAGGCCGCCUACACGUUCAUCUGAUAGCAGUUCUUCUCCUUUUUUUUCCUGUCUCUUCUCCUUUUUGUAGAGAGGAGGAAAACCUUGUCCGAACAUGCGUGUUAAAUGUCGUUUGAACGGUUUUUCGAGGGUUUCCGGUUUUGGAUUUGGAAUGAAUUUGGGAAGGAGACGGUAGAUCGUUGAACAACCAGUCUAUCUCCACUUAAAAUACUAACCCAACUUAUAAGAGUCUCCUAAGUUGUCCUAGACUUUAAAAGCAACAGAAAAAAAUACAGAUACGUGUAAUCAUCUUAUAAAGCAUACUGAUUCGCUAAUUGUGUAACAUUUAGUGCAAGUGAUGAACGAAAUAUAUCAGUUCAAUUAUCAGAAGGUUCGAAAAUCUCUAUACAAAGAAGUUCGAAAGAAGUUCACCUACCGUAAUUCAAAAGAAUAACCAUCAGAUUUCGUUAUUGGAGACAAAAAUCGUUCAGAAAAAGCAAAAGCGUUGUCUCCAAACUUUUUCCGAGCCUUCUUAAAGGAGCAUAGAAAAAUUAAAGGUCUCAAGACGAAGAGCCGUUCUCUAUACUUCUGCGCCGUUAAAUAGCCUUAUUAGUUCAUGUAGCCCCUCCAAAAUAUAUAGCUUCCGUAUUUGACAAAACUCUUUGCGAGAGAGAAAAAAAAUUCGAGCUCAAAAAUUUUUCUAGUGUUUUUCUGCCAGACUCCUGCACCUUUAAAUAUCCCUUGUUUGAAACAUUUACCUAUCAGAAACUUAAGUUGUCUUAGAGUUUUCUCUGAAGAAGCAUAGAAAAACUAAAGGUCUCAAAACGAAUAUCAUUUCUUAAUACUUCUGCGCCUUUAAGCAACCUUAUUACUUCCUGAAGCUCUUCCAAAAGAUCUAGUCCAAGAGAACUUGACAAAAUUCUUUGUGAGAGAGAAAAAACACAAAAACUUUUCUAGCGUUGUUCCGCCAGACUCCUGCGCCUUUAAACAGCCUUAUUUUAUACUGAAGCUCCUCUAAAAGACCCAGCUACCGUAGCCCACGGUAUAUUCGACAAAGUUCGUUGUGAGAGUCGAAAACGACUGAAUCGGAAAAUUCAAGCACAACUAUAGUUCUAAAGUUAUUCUGACUCCUGCGCCUUUACCUAUCCCAGUUUUAUACGGAAGCUUCUCCACAAGACCCAGCUACCGUAGCCCACGGUAUCUUCGACAAAGUUCGUUGUGAGAGACGAAAAACGACUGAAUCGGAUAGUUUCAGGGAGUUGUUCUGCCAGACUCCUUUAACUAUCCCAGUUUCCUACGGAAGCUCCUCCACAAGACUCAACUACAGUAAGAAAGAGUCUCGACAUUUGUUCUGA